AUGGAAAUGAUGCAAGGUUGGAUCGACUUGGGGACCAAGUUGGGUCUGGAGGACGAGGCAUUACAGGACUUUGUCAAGGAACAGCAGGACCGCGAACGUGAGGAGAGAGCGGCUGUUAGAGAGGAGCUCCGACUUAAGGAGGAGAGGGAGCUAAAACUAAUGGAGUUAACGGUACAGGAGAAGACCGAGGCGGUAAGACUCCAAACUAUGGCGAGAGGGAGAGAGGAAGGGAAAGCUAGAUUGGGAAGGUACAAUCCCAAAUUACCUCCCUUUGAUGAAACAAAGGAUGAUUUGGACUCCUACCUAAGGAGAUUUGAAACUUUUGUGUUAGCACAGGGCUGGGAUGAGGAGAACUGGGCGGUGGCUCUUAGUACAUUACUAAAGGGAAAGGCCUUGGAAGUUUUCUCAAGGUUGUCGCCAGAGACAGCUCUGCACUAUCGUUUGCUUAAGGAAGCAUUAUUGAAGCGGUUUGACUAUACAGAGGAUGGAUUUCGUAAGAAAUUUCGUGAGAGUAGAGUAGAUGAUAGAGAGACUUUUUCACAGUUUGCUGUGCGUCUGGAAAAUUAUUUUACUCGUUGGUUAGAUAUGGCCAAGUGUAGCAAGACAUAUGACGCGUUGAAAGAUCUUGUUAUUCGCGAACAGCUGCUUAUGUUGUGUCAAAAGGAACUAGUUAUAUUCCUUAAGGAAAGGAAACCAGAUUCAAUAGAACAGCUUUCACUACUGGCAGACCAGUUCAUGGAAGCUAGAAGACAACCAGCCAAAAACUUUAUGGUAAGGAAUUCUCCCUUCAGUAAACCCGUGACUCAACAUACCAGCAAUGCUAAUGGGGGCCCUAACCGAUCCAGUGGAAAUCCCUCUACAGGAAAUAGGAACACAAACCCUACGUACACGGAUACUAGGAAGUGUUUCAACUGUCAAGGUAUUGGUCACAUCGCGGCUAAGUGUCCCAAUAGAGGAACAAAGGGGAAGUCUAUGGCAAUACAGAGUCCAGAACCAAGUUUACCAGUGAAGAGUGGGUUGUUGGGAGACUGUAAAGUCAGUGUACUGAGAGAUACGGGAUGUAGUGGCAUAGUCGUGCGCAGUAACUUGGUAGGAAAGUCUCAAUACUUGGGUUACAAUAAGACCUGUAAGUUGGCUGAUGGUACUGAAUUAACCCUUCCUGUAGCUGAGGUGUAUAUAUGCUCUCCAUUUUCACAGGAAAGGCCGAAGUAUGGUUGA